ACUACUAAAUAAAUCGGGAGUGCUAAGUCUCUGGGCAAUUAGGAAUUGGUAGAGAGAGAGACAGAGAGAGGAGAAUUUGUGGCUUUGGAUUCUUCUACCAGAUCGUGCCUGCCAGCUUUAUGUUAGAAUGGCUAAGUGUGCAAAAUAAAUUAAUUCUUGAAAUUCUUGUUCCCAUUAUUUGACUGAAUAUUUCUGUUAAAAAAGAGAAACAGAAAUAAUUGAAAAGAGUUUGAGAAAAGUGUUCUGUUCCUGAGCUGCCUUCAUCAAAGAUAAGAGUUUUUUGGAGUUAUUUUUCUUCUCCUUCUCUGUAUUGUUCUUCUUUUUGUCAAGAGCAAAAAGAAGCUGAUUCAGAUAGAUAGAGAGAGAGAGAGAUGAGGAAGGCGGAGAAGUUGCUGGUGGCGUUGGCCGCGGCGCUGCUUAUUGGCAUUCUGAGCUCCACCAAUGCGGCCACAGAUCCAAAUGAUGCGGCCAAUCUCAAUCUCUUGUUCACCAGCUUGAAUUCAGCACAACAACUUACCAACUGGAAGUCAAGUGGUGGCGAUCCUUGUGGAGAGAACUGGAAGGGAAUUACUUGCUCGAACUCAAAAGUUACAGAAAUAAAGAUACCGGGAUUAGGACUCUCCGGAAAUAUGGGGUACCAGCUAGAUAAAUUCACGUCGUUAACUGUAUUUGAUAUAAGUAACAACAAUCUCGGAAACCAGCUUCCGUAUCAACUACCUCCGAACCUGCAGAGACUAAACCUCGCCAACUGCGGCUUCAGUGGUCCACUUCCGUAUUCCAUCUCGUUGAUGAGUCCUCUGAAAUACCUCAACGUGAGUCGUAAUCAAUUCAGCGGCCAAGUGACUCUCCAGUUCAACUCACUUACGUCUCUCACCACAUUGGACUUUUCAUAUAAUGCCAUGUCCGAUAAUCUUCCACAGAGUUUCCAGUUUUUGACUAGUAUAAACGACAUGUACUUGCAAAACAAUCAGUUUACGGGAACCCUCGAUGUCCUUGCAACUCUUCCUCUUCAGAAUCUGAAUGUUGAAAAUAACCGUUUUACUGGAUGGGUGCCUGAACAGUUGAAAAGCAUAAACCCGAAAACGAGCGGUAAUCAGCUUAGCACGGGGCCUGCACCUCCACCUCCACCCGGCACUCCCCCAGCCACCAGACCCAACCGGAAUCACGGAUCAGGCGGUGGCGGUUCAUCUAAUAACAGAGGAGAUGGAAGUGGAGGUAGUUCUGGUAUCGGUGCUGGUGCGAUCGCCGGAAUUGUUAUUUCAGUUUUGGUGGUUGGAGCUAUCGCAGCAUUCUUUAUACUAAAAAGACGAUCUCGCCGAAAGCCAUCUGCUGACCUUGAGAAGCUCAACAACCAGCCUUUUGCUCCUCAACCUCCGCAUGAAGUGGAAGAGAGUAAGCCUCCUCAAAUUUCAGCGGCAGCGAACACAAAAGCUUUCGAAGAACCUUCUGUGAUAAGUCUGCGACCACCUCCAAUCGACCGUCUCAAGUCGUUCGAUGAAGAUGAUGUCACCGCAAUGCCCAUUGUUACGCCCAAGAAAGUGAACAUAGCUCCAAUAGAUGCUAAAUCGUUCUCGGUUGCAGACUUGCAGAUAGCGACUGAUAGUUUCAACGUAGAAAAUCUCAUUGGUGAAGGAUCCAUUGGACGGGUUUUCCGUGCUCAAUUGGAUGAUGGAAAGGUUGUUGCUGUAAAGAAAAUAAACGCAUCCGUUCUGUCCAAUUCAGACGAUUUUCUCGCUAUCGUGUCGGCAAUCUCACAGUUGCAUCACCCGAACAUAGUUGAGCUGAUAGGGUAUUGUUGCGAGCAUGGACAACACCUGCUUGUUUACGAGUUCCAUAAAAACGGAUCUCUGCUCGAAUUCCUGUAUCUCUCCGAUGAAUACACCAAGCCUCUGACGUGGAACAGCCGUGUCAAGAUUGCACUGGGAACUGCCAGAGCACUAGAGUACCUUCAUGAAGUAUGUUCACCCUCUGUGAUUCACAAAAACUUCAAAUCAGCCAACAUUUUACUCGACAAUGAACUCAAUCCUCAUCUUUCAGACUGUGCGUUAGCAAGCCUUGUCAGCGAACCAGAUCAGGCAUCCGGAUACAGCGCGCCUGAGGUCGCUAUGUCAGGUGUGUAUACCAUCAAGAGCGACGUCUACAGCUUUGGUGUCGUCAUGUUGGAACUUCUCACUGGACGCACACCAUUCGAUAGCUCAAGGCCAAGAUCCGAGCAAUCUCUAGUCCGAUGGGCGACGCCACAGCUCCAUGACAUCGACGCCUUAUCAAAGAUGGUCGAUCCCGCUCUUAAAAGCCUCUAUCCCGUCAAAUCCCUCUCUCGAUUCGCAGAUGUCAUCGCUCUCUGCGUCCAGGCGGAGCCGGAGUUCAGGCCACCGAUGUCGGAAGUGGUUCAAGCGUUGGUGCGGUUGGUGCAGCGAGCGAACAUGAGCAAGCGAACUUUUGGAAAUGAUGGCGCGGCGAGGGCUGGAUCUGGAGAUGCUGAUGACUAUACUCCAUAAGUUUCCCAAUCGCUAGAAAUUGAAUAUUAAUGAUUCAAUCUGUGAUGAUUGUUUAUGCUUCCCAGAAAAAUGCUUUUGUGCUGCCAAUGUUAUGUGAUAUUGCUUUAAGCAAAAUCUGUAUCAUAGUGAAGAAGAAUAGGUGACCAAAAUUUGUUCAUUCUUGGUGUUUAUGGAUCGACUUUUACUUGUUUUUAAAAUAUUAUUUUGGGUUCUGUCUAA